AUAUUUCAAUCACAUUGUUGAUAUAGUGGUUCAGGUCUUGCUUUUUUUCCAACUUUUUUGUGACCACCUCAACUCUCAUUUGUUAUCGCUGUAAGAUUAUCGACUUCUUUCCGUUGUCAGUUCACGUUCAAGGCACCUUCUCGUCAAUAUGAAGAGGAUGGAAAAUCUGAAAGAGAUUCCACUCUCAGAGGUGGAGCAGCAUAAUACCAUUAAUUCCUGCUGGAUCGUCUUACAUGACCAGAUCUAUGACGUCAGCAAAUUUCUUGACGAGCAUCCUGGCGGUUUGGAAGUGAUUGCGGAAUUGGCUGGAAAGGACGCCACCAAUUCAUUUGAAGACGUAGGUCAUUCGAAAGAUGCUAGGGAUAUGGCGAAAGAGUACUGUAUAGGCAAGGUCCAAGCAGGGAGUGGCCAUGCUGCACAGUCUCCUCCAGCUGCCGAGAAGAAAAGCCCUGCGACCACUUGGAACUGGAAGGAGAUCAUAUGUUCACCUACGUGGUCGAACUUCUUGAUUCCUACCACUAUUGGAAUUAUUGUGUUCGUUCUCUACAAAGGGUUUAUGGAACGUGUUGCAAAGUAUUGCUUAGCAUUGCGAAAAAUCUACGAACAGGAAGGUAUCAACUCUUCACAUUCUGGAUCUCUACGAAAGAAACUGAGACGCAUACUUUCGGAAUUGGACGAUUCCGAUGAAAAUGCUCAGGCACUCGAAUUGUACUGGAAGACAGCUUAUUAUGAACCCCUUACGAAACUUCGGAAGCAGAAGAUCCUCGAUGCUGACUGGUUUAACGUCAUGGUAUCGGUAUUUUGUGGUGAAUUGCAAAGCAUGCUUGCGGAGAGCCCAAGACAUGCAGCGAUGUACAAUCUCUACUUGGGAGAUUUGCACAGGUAUCUUACAAAUAGUGACCAGUCGUCCUUGUCGACGCUGUACUAUCGUCGAGCUGUGGAGAUGGACGCAGAUGUCGGACAAGCGUUCAAUCAACUUGCCAUCAACGAAACACCGGUGAAUUCCGUAAGGUUGUUCUUACUUGCACUAUUGGCUCGGCGGCCAUUCCAGAAAGCUUGGGAUAACCUGAAGAAGACGUUUGAACAGAAAGUAGAGGGUCAGAUUUCGUACUUUGCCAUAUCUCUGCCAUACAUCAUCUUGGUUUCAUACAGUAGAACUACCUUGGACAGCGAAGGAAUCCGUUUGGUGGAGGCGAUUAAGUCACUCAACGACCCAUUGCAUGAUCAACAGCUUUCUUCAUUACUUCUAAUACUUUCGCUCAGUACCAGACUGGCUAUGGAGGGUGGAAAUGAAGAUGCGUUCAUCGGCUGUGUCACUCUUCUGUGUAGCUGUUACUUACAACUCAUCGAUAAAGUCGUUAUCACUCAGCCACCAGAGGCAACCGAUGACGAUGAGGUUAUCCAUAUUCGGCGCCGUAGAGUUAAAAGUGACUCUGAUUGCGACGAUGAAGAUUCUAGAAGCAGAGACAGCAGCUCGUCUAUCGAAGAGUCGGUAGCCGAAACGGUCAAAGUACCGCAGGAACAGGAGGUUGACAUUGAAGGUGGCUGGAUUUUGGCGGCAAUUUGUGAAUGGUUAUGCUACAUCAGUCCUCAGCUCCAUAGCCUCAAAAAUCGGAAGACAACUCCAAUUCCAGCGGCUCUUUUGAACGUUUUUCAUUCACUUGUGGACAAACUUAUACAUCAGCUCAAUCAGUCUACAAAAGCUAUGCGCACAGUAGAAGAUGCGGACGAAGAAAUACGUUGGCUUCUAUACGGCGCAAGUAUAGAGGACAAAGUGCGCGCUGUACGACAGGCAGCUCAUUGGGCCUUCAAACUCUGCGCUGUUGAAACGUCUCCAAUUGAGUUUGCUGGAUACUUCCGAAGAAGAGGCCCGGCUUCAGAAACUGUGGAGUUGCAAAGGAAAAUGGCACAGUUACGUACUGAAACAGUUCGAAAAGAGGCGCUAAAUUCACAAUGGAUGCCUGUCUACAUCGUGCUCGACUACGAUGUGCUCAUACAACGUCUAAAAACUGUCUGUCCCCUGGUCAAUUCGCCUUCACUAAUCGCAGUGAUACCGUCGUUUGUUUUGCGGAAAUUAGACGCGAAUAAGAAUUUGUGCGCAGAAGCUCGGCCAGCGAUUAGAAUGUGCGAAAUGUGGCAGACACGAGGUCGCAUUCGCGUUGUGACAGCGUCGACACAUGCCGAAUGCUGUACAAGCCUGGCCGAAUCGGUUGCCGCAGCUGGUGAUGUCGGAGCCGAAUCGCCCUCACAUGCGUUGGUGGCCGUGCUGGUGGAAGAUUUGGAGAGUUUCCAGGAUUUACAAAUUCCUUCGGUCGCCAUCUACCACAUAGAGAGUUUUUUCGAGCGUUGGAACAAAGGAUCGCCGUCGUCGGCGGCGGCGGCGACGGCUACGUCUGCUGCGACUCGCCGAACGCGCUAGCGGCACGGGCAGCGUGCGUCGCGCGACUCCGCGACGCGGCCGUGCUCUCAGCGACGCGACACGUCGACGAUCUCCAUCGCCAACACACGCUCUCCACCGACCCGCAUCGCGCUGCGUCUCCAUCGCGGGUGUACACCUUCACCUCAUCGCCGCGACGCCGCCGCUCACCGCCAUCGCCGCAGCCGCCACUGCGGCGGGCGAAAGAAAACAGCUCAAUUGUUAUUGUUGGCCGGUGGGGCGGUCUCUCUCUCUUCUGUUUCUGCGUGUCCAUCCGCAGUUUGUCUGGCACCCUCUCGCUCUCCGCGUCCCUCAAACCUGCUAACUGCCCUCGUACUGCGCGCGUACGACGACGACUUCUGUGUGUGCCAGACGAGAGGGCGAGAGAGGUGCCAGAGUGAGAAGUGGACGAUAGGUGUGUUCUGUUACUGAAUUCAUUCGAUCGAUACCCCCGUGUUGUUCUUCUACCGUUUUCUUAUCUGCUACUACUCCUCCAUUUUUAUUACCGUGAGAAUUUAGAAGUUAUUGCCCCGCUCCUUGCUCUUCUCGUUGUGAUAUCUGAACUCUUGACAUUGUUUGCUCGUGAGUUUUAUUUGCUAGUCCUUCGGUUAGCUCAUAUCUGCCACCUCGAAUGCGAUGUGUUCGUCGUCUUUGUGUGUGUUGCUCUCGUAUGUUUGAUUUGCUUUCGGUCGUCUUAACAGAUAAAGGUUUUUAUCGUUAUCUUUUACUCCUUCUUUGCAUCGAGUCCUAAGCAGUCUGUCAGUAUUUCCCUUCGUAAUAUGGUUUGAUCGCUUGUUUUUCUUUUCCAUUUCACACCAAAUUAUUACUUUCAAAC